AUUUCCUCCCAUGCUAGGUGGGCUCCUUGAACUUGGGGAUGGUCACUCUGGGGGUACCCUGUGGACUGCAGUCCACCUGCCCAGCUGCAGGUCAGAAGUGACCUAUCCGGCCCUGUCUGGUGACAGUUCCUCCAGCAGCACCUGCCCUAGAAUGCACCUGAGGACACCUGCCUAUUCAAUCCUCUGCAGGUGCAUCUUCUCCCCUCCUGCCCCAAGUCUCUGCACUGAGCCCUUGGGCCAGAUUCCUCCACGGCCCAGACACUGCUCUGUGCUGAUCCCAUCUCAAGGAUGGGGCCAUGGUCACAGUCUUGCUGUUCCCUGAGCCUCAUCCCUGGACCCUGGCAACAAGCCACCCCAGUAACUGGGCCAAGGAGUCCACCUCCCCCAUGGCCAACCCCAGAUCAGGUGCCAGUCCCUCUGAGAGUGGGACAGAGAGCAAUGCCAGGAAGGGGAGCUCCCCGCAGACAGGCACCCAACCUCUCACCCCACUGUUCCUGCUGACCCCUUCUUGGUGACCUUCAGCACACCAAGACUGGUUGACAAAGAGACAAAACAAAAACCCCAACAAUAAAAGGCAACAUUAAACCAGUUAGGCCAAAAGAUGCAGACCCGAAAAUCCCCACUGCAACUUUUUUUUUUUUUGAAGAAAAAAAAUUUUUUUUAAGAUUUUAUUUAUUUAUUUGAGAGAGAGAAUGAGAGAGAGCACAUGAGAGGGGGGAGGGCCAGAGGGAGAAGCAGACUCCCCGCCGAGCAGGGAGCCCGAUGCGGGACUCGAUCCAGGGACUCCAGGAUCAUGACCUGAGCCGAAGGCAGUCACUUAACCAACUGAGCCACCCAGGCGCCCUCCAAUGCAACUUUUUGACUCCAUUCUUGCCGUGGAGGUGGAGGGGUGGGCUCCAGGCCCCCACACCCAUUGGCAGAGACCCCUAGCACAGUCCUCACCCCUUCAGAAACCCUUGGUACAUGUGAGCAAGAAUAAAUAAAUCAACUUCCACUUAGGGCUUGGUGGAAAUCAAGGGGGCCCCUUCUCCGGCUUCCCCUUCAGGACACCUUCCUCUCUAGGCACCUCCCCUCGCCCGAGGGUGACUGCAGGGGUACAAACGGACGGCUGAGACUGAGGAAGGGUGCUGGGGUGCAGAGGGGCUCUGGGGGCGGUGCCUCGAGGCGGGGGAAGGACCCUCUUCCCAGGCCCGCCAGGGUCCAUCGCUGCUGGGGCCCCAGGACUCCCGUUUGGGUGUCCCCGCCCGGGGCGGAAGCGGGGAGUGCCGGUGCCUCCCCAUCCCCACCUCCAGGGCCGCAGGGGCAGGAAGGCAGGACGCCCGCCAGCCUCGAGCCUCGCCUGCAGCCCAGUGCCGGGUGCGGACCGAGUGCGCGGGGCCCGGAGGGACCGGGCGGCCGCCGAUCGCAUGGCCGCGGGCCUGGAACAGAGGCUGGGCAGCCUCGCCGUCUUCACCCGCGACGACUUCGAGGGCGACUGGCGCCGGGGGGCCAACGGCGGCUUCGGCCAGGUGUGGGUGCGGCCCAAGCGCUGGAGGACCGAGUGCGCCGUCAAGGGCCCCCCCGCCUCCAGUCGGAGGCCGCCAGUUGGGCCGCUCUACCCGUCUGUGGAAUCCACGGAGGGCAAAGGGGAGCGAGAACUACCCUCCAAAGACACCUUUGUCGCAUCUGACCUCCCCGACUGUCCCAGAAAAGGUAGGCUGCAGGACUCUGAGGGAUCAAGGCAGUUUUCUGGAGACAGGACUAUUGCUCCCUUAUCCUGGCCUGUGGCUUCCUCCCAGAUUUCAGAUUUCGGCCUGUCCAAGUGGAUGGAACAGUCAACCCGGAUGCAGUACAUUGACAGGUCAGCUCUGUGGGGCACCCUCAGCUACAUCCUCCCUGAGAUGUUCUUGGAAAGUAACAAGGCCCCAGGGCCCAAGUACGACAUGUGCAGCUUCGGCAUCGUCAUCUGGGAGCUCCUCACUCAGAAGAAACCGUAUUCAGGCUUCAACAUGGUGACUAUUGUUGCCCGAGUGGCCGCAGGCAUGCGGCCCUCCCUGCAGCCUGUCUCGGACGAGUGGCCAGGCAAGGCCCAGCAGAUGGUGAACCUGAUGAGGCGCUGUUGGGAUCAGGACCCCAAGAAGAGGCCCUGCUUUCCAGACAUCACAGUCGAGACAGACAUGCGGCUAUCCCCUCAGAGUCCCGUGGCAGACCCAGACAGUGAGGCUCUGGCCGGGAAGGUGUCCUGCAAGCUGUCUCUGCACCGGCCUCGGGAGGUCAGAGGUCCUUUUUCCAACCCCAUCUCCCUCCCAGCAGACUCGGGGGACUACUUGAAGGGGGUCCUGCAGCUCUUGGACAGCGAGACCCCAGUCCCGAGCAACAAGGAGCUGCGCAUCUAUGAGAACCAAGUCACGCCCCUCCACUUCCUGGUGGUGCAGGGCAGUGUGGAGCCGGUGAGGCUGCUGCUGGCCCUCGAGGUCGAUGUGGCCUACCAGACCGCCUGCGGCUACACGCUGCCCCUCAUCGCCGCCCAGGACCAGCAGCCUGACCUCUGCGCCCUGCUCCUGGGGCACGGGGCGGACACCAACCUGGCAGACGAGGAUGGCUGGGCCCCGCUGCACUUCGCAGCCCAGAACGGGGAUGACCUCCCCGCCCGCCUGCUCCUGGAGCACGGGGCCCACGCGGAUGCCCGGGAGCAUGAGGGGUGGACCCUGCUCCACCUGGCUGCACAGAACAACUUUGAGAAUGUGGUAUGGCUUCUGGUCUCCCACCAAGCUGACCCCAACCUGCAUGAGGCCGACGGCAAGACCCCUCUGCACGUGGCUGCCUACUUUGGCCACGUCAGCCUGGUCAAGCUACUGAUGGGCCAGGGGGCUGAGUUGGAUGCUCAGCAGAGAAACCUGAGGAUGCCUCUGCACCUGGUGGUGGAGCGAGGCAAAGUGAGGGCCAUCCAACACGUGUUGAAGAGCGGGGCAGCUCCCGAUGCCCUUGACCAGAGUGGCUACAGCCCACUGUACACGGCAGCCGCCAGGGGAAAGUGCCUGAUCUGCAAGAUGCUGCUCACGUACGGGGCCAGCCUCGAGCUGCCGACCCAGCAGGGCUGGACCCUACAUCUCGCGGCCUACACGGGCCACUUGGAGGUCAUCCACCUGCUGGCGGAGAGCCGUGCAGACUUGGGGGCUCCUGGAGGCAUGAAGUGGACGCCCCUGCACCUCACCACCUGCCAUGGGGAGGAGGCUGUGGAGUUAGCUGACCCCAGUACUGCCGAGCAGUCGGGCUGGACGCCCCUCCACCUGGCCAUCCAGAGCACCUUCCUGGGUAUCGUCAAUCUCCUGGAGCACCAUGCAGACAUCCAUGCCCGCAACAGGGUGGGCUGGACGCCCACCCACCUGGCCGCCCUCAAGGGCAGCAUGGCCAUCCUCCAAGUGCUGGUCAAAGCUGGUGCCCAGCUGGACAUCCAGGAGGGGGUGGGCUGCACACCCCUGCAGCUGGCCCUCCGGAGCCAAAAGCAGAACAUGAUCACCUUCCUAGCGGGCAAGGAGCCCUCCUCGCUGGCCCUGCUGGGGGAUGCCGAGCCUGGAGCCCAGAUGAAAUGUAAGCGACCUGGGGCCUCCUUACCUGGCAGGAAGUGAUGCUGGGCUCCUGGCAGGGCCCCUUCCCUGUCCUUGCCCCCUGCCCCUUGGACCUUGAGAGGAAACCGAAUGUGGUCCCCCCCUGGAGGGAAGGGGGAAGGGGCACUGAGGUGGUAGCUGGGGGGGGGGGGGGGGCGGAAUGCUGCAUCUUCCUCCUCCUGCACCUCGACUCAAGCCCCCAAAGUGAAUUCCUUCUUCCUUCCCAAGACCCCUGCCACCUUCUGCCACUUGCCCCUGAGCCCACGGGGACCCUUGCAUCCUGGGAGCCCUCUCUGAAGGCAGAGGAAGCUGCUCCCUCCCAGCUGGUCCCUGCAUGACUUGGCCCUGAUCACAAGCAAGGCAGGACAGCCAGGCACGCGCUUUUCAAAAGGGGCAGGAACUAAAAGUUGGGAGGCAAUUUCUGCCUGCGGUGGGAAGCCCAGCCAGCCCCGCAUUGCCACAGAGACCACACCUUCCUGGUGGCCCUGGCUCUGGUGCCUGGGUCUCCCACGUGGUCUGGGGGGCAGGGGGAGGAAGGGGGUGCUCCAGGUGCCCACGAGUGAUUUUCCAUCCCUGGCCUCCCCUGCCACCCCUUCACUGUGUCUAGUUGUAUGGCCAGAUUUCAAACCCUGAAGUCAAUAAAACGGUGAGU